AUGUAAUGUUCCGAAGGGUUCCACAAUAAGCCAGAAAACAACAACACACGUGAGGAAGGGCAAAUAGACCGGUUGAAAGAAAAAGACUCAAGACAUUUUGAGGGGUGCAUCAUGCUGAAUGCAGAGAAGAGUUUAUUAAUCAAGAUUAAUGUUUUACAAUUCACACAAAUGUCAAAACAUACAACAGUAUUUUUAUAGUUACAUAUACGUCUUAUGUCAGCAUGGCUCAAAUAGAGGAGUUCGUUAUAGGCGCCUUAAGCACAAGCUGUGCAGGAUUUUUCACAAAUCCCUUGGAAGUAGUUAAGACACGCAUGCAGCUUCAGGGAGAACUCCAAGCACGGGGGAAUUACCCUGUCCACUACCGCAACGCCUUACAUGCAUUUUACACCAUCGCUAAAAAGGAUGGAUUCAUCAAGCUUCAGAAUGGCCUUGUUCCUGCUCUUUGGUAUCAAAUGACUAUGAAUGGAUUUCGUCUUGGUACAUAUCAGGUGUUCGUAAACUACGGACUGACCAAAGAUAAAAACGGAGACGUGGUCAUUUACAAAAGUAUUGUAGCUGGCGCUUUGGCAGGAAGUGUCGGAGCUUGUAUGGGAAGUCCGUUCUACAUGGUGAAAACUCAUCUCCAGUCCAAAUCGGUACAACAGAUAGCGGUGGGAUACCAACACGACCACCAGAAUAUGAGAGGAGCGUUCCGCAGUGUAUACAGUGAAAGUGGAAUUCUGGGACUGUGGAGGGGUGUGCUGGCAGCCAUGAGUAGAGUCACAGUCGGAUCGGCUGUACAGCUCACUACCUUCUCAAAAAUCAAAGAGGCUAUUGUGAAAAAGAAGGUAUUUGCGGAAGGAAGUGCCUUAGUUUCGCUGUGUGCCAGUACAACAAGUGGUGUAGUAGUGACGUUAUUUAUGACGCCGUUUGAUGUCGUGUCGACUCGGAUUUACAAUCAGGGCCUUGAUGCUCAGGGGAACGGCCUACUCUACAAAGGAGUAGCGGACUGUUAUUUAAAGAUCUUCCGGGAAGAGGGACUCUGGGGUUUCUAUAAAGGCUGGGGACCCUCCUUCCUCCGUCUAGUUCCACAUACAAUGCUAAGUCUUAUGUUUUGGGACCAGUUGAGGGAUUUUUACGGCAGAUUUAAAUCGAGAAAUGUAUGAUAUUUGAUAAAGUUUUUAGUCUUACUAUCAGUACCAGCUGAGGGAUUUUUACGGCAGAUUUAAAUCAAGAAAUGUAUGAUAUUUGAUGAAGUUUUUAGUCUUACCAAAUACAUGUACAUAUUGUACAAUUCUUUUUGACAGGUUUUGAAAAAUACUUUUUAUGUAUUGUAUUUUUAAAACAAUGAAAUAUUUUAAAAAUUGUUUAGAUUAUUAAUAAGCAAUAUUUACGAUUUAUAAUAAUAUUCAGCAAUCUAAGUUUGUUGAAUGAGUUAUUGUAGAUGUAUUAUGUAUAUUUUUACUAUGUAAAAGUAGAUGAUAUUGUUUGUGGAAAUCAAAAGAACAUUGGCUAUGUAGGGGAGAUAACUCAUCAGAGCUUCACCAUUUUUCCUGUGUCUGUGGAAAUACUCAGACUGUGUAACAUUGGCUAUGUAGGAGAGAUAACUCAUCAGAGCUUCACCAUUUUUCCUGUGUCCGUGGAAAUACUCAGACUGUGGUCUCUUCAAACUCUGUGUGAUAACGUGGACAAUUUCACAUUUUCUGUGAACUGAAAAUCAAGUAUUUUGAUCAUGCUGAUGAAUUACAUUGGAAUGUUUUAAGACUGAGAAUGUAUUUCUGAAUAAUUUUCCUGUAUUGGUAUCAGAUAUCAAUGAAAUAAAUAUAUUAUUGUCCACUUGCCAUGUCUAGGGACAAUUUGAAUUCAUCGGAUAUGAAUAUUUUUGCAGUGAUUUAAUUAAUGUGAAAAAUGUGAGCAAUAAUUUUAAUUAAAUCCAGCAAAAUUAACAUUGUUACAUUUCUCUUUGUUGUAGUACUGUCUGACAAUCUCUCCAAAAACCUCAAUGUUAAGUAAUAAAGGGGUCCCUCGAAGCAUUUUGAUUGGUCAAAUUUGAAAAGGUGCUGAUUUUGACCAAAUUUAUAAUUAAAUAUAUAACACAACUCACAAUACUGAUACUUCAGUUAGCAUUGUUAAAGGCAUAAUAAGGCCUAGGAUAUUUCAUUACAAAAACAUUGUCUGUUUUAAUUUAUAUGAUUAUAUAAUGCGUAAUGAGCAAACUUAUGAAACUUUAUCCGUACAUGAAUCAUGAGUUGGUGGAAUACGAGCAUCAAUAUUUCUGUAUUUAAUUACAAUUAUGACAGUAGAAGGAAAAAAAAACAAUGUAAGAAGAUAUUUUUUAAAUUUAUUUAUUCGACUUGAGACUCUUUUCUCUGAAAACUGGACAUAUAUUUUUUCCAUAUGAAUAUCGUAAAUCCUACUACUUUAAGAGUGCAGUGGUGUUUUGUGUUACUAGAGUAAAUGCAUUUCGAUCAGAAUUUUUUACCCGAGAAGUAGAUUGGGCCCUUGGGCCUCUUGUUUAAUAUAAUUCCUUGCAUUCCAUCAUCUUAACAGGUACAGCAAGUUAUAACUGAAGUCAUACCUGUGAAUUUGUGUAUUAUAUACAUGUGUUUAUAUAUCAGAAUAAAAUGGUGUUUUAGGUCACAUGA